AUGGUUCUCCAAACAGAAAAUCCUCACCUUGUAUUAUUUCCUCUGAUGGCUCAAGGCCACAUCAUCCCCAUGAUGGACAUUGCAAGAAUAUUGGCACAGCGUGGUGCGAUUGUUACCAUAUUCACAACCCCAAAAAAUGCAUCACGUUUCAAUUCUGUUAUAUCUCGAGCUGUUUCAUCGGGCCUCAAAAUCAGGCUGGUACAACUCCGUUUUCCAUCAAAGGAAGCAGGGCUACCUGAAGGGAGUGAGAAUUUGGACAUGGUCACUUCAAAGGAAAUGUCCAAAUUCUUCCUCGUCAUCCACAUGUUCCAAAAGCCAGCAGAGGAGUUAUUUGAAGCACUAACACCCAAACCAAGUUGCAUAAUCUCUGAUUUUUGCCUUCCUUGGACUGCUCAAUUAGCUGAAAAGUAUCACAUUCCUAGGAUUUCUUUCCACGGAUUUUCUUGCUUUUGCCUCCAUUGCCGGUACAUGAUAGAAACUUCAAAGGUCUGUGAAAGCAUCACUUCAGAAUCCAAAUACUUCACGAUUCCUGGCAUACCUGAUAAAAUUCAAGUUACCAAAGAGCAGUUACCAGGAUCAAUCACUGAUAAUUUGGAGGAUUUUAAAGUGGUGAUGCGUGCUGCUGAAAUGAAGUCAUAUGGGUUUAUCAUAAAUACUUUUGAAGAGUUAGAAAAGGAAUAUGUGAGGGAUUACAAGAAGGCGAGAAAUAAUAAGGUGUGGUGCAUUGGUCCUGUUUCAUUGUGCAACAAAGAUGCUUUGGAUAAGGCUCAAAGAGGUAACCAGGCCUCUAUUAAUGAGCACCUUUGCUUGAAGUGGCUAGAUUUGCAGCAACCCAAGUCUGUGGUCUAUGUUUGUUUUGGAAGCAUAUGCAACUUGAUUUCUUCACAACUUGUGGAGUUGGCCUUGGCCUUGGAAGAUACUAAAAGACCAUUUUUAUGGGCUAUUAGGGAGGGAGGUCAGUUCCAAGAACUGGAAAAGUGGAUCUGUGAAGAAGGGUUUGAGGAAAGGAUGAAAGGGAGAAGCCUUAUAAUUCGAGGUUGGGCUCCACAAGUAAUAAUACUAUCACACCCUUCCAUCGGAGGAUUCUUUACACACUGUGGUUGGAAUUCAACUCUUGAAGGGAUAAGUGCUGGACUGCCACUGGUUACCUGGCCUCUAUUUGGUGAUCAAUUUUUAAAUGAGAAACUGGUUACUCAAGUGUUGAAGAUUGGUGUGAGCGUUGGGGUAGAGGUUCCAGUGCAGUGGGGAGACGAAGAGAGGAGAGGUGUGUUGGUGAAGAAGGAUGAUAUUAAGAGGGCAAUAUGGAUGGUGAUGGAUGACGAUGGAGAAGAGGGCAAAGAGAGAAGAGAAAGGGUAAGCAAACUGAGUGAGAUGGCAAAGAUAGCUGUUGAAGAAGGAGGGUCUUCUCAUCUCGAUAUCACUUUGCUUAUCCAAGACAUUAUGCAACAAUCAACAACCAUAUGA